AUGGUGUACUUGAAGCACCGGGACCGGCUUCGACAAGCACAGGGAGAUUUGUAUCGAGCCCCGGUACUCAAGACAGGGGCGCAAGGAGUGAAGAUGCUUCUGGAUGCGCAUUUCACGUCGCAGUCCUCGUGUUUGAAGGACUUGGACUUGAGCAUCUUGGAACGCAUCGCGGAUUUCGGAUUCUCCCAGGGUCCUGCUGUGGGAUUUCUGGCCAAUUGGCGGCGGGCGCCAAAGCCGGUGGCGGCCGCCAGCGACCGACCGGGUAUCAGGUUUAUGGCCAGAAAGCGACCUCUGCUGCCCUUCGAAGUCGCCGCCGGGGACUGGGACUGCGUCACAGUGUCCAGGAGCUGUGCUCGGGUGGUCUGCCACGACGGGCGGCUACACCGCACGGGAAGGCGCCUCGAGAUGUUGCACAAGAAGUUCGUAUUGGAUCAGGCGUAUGACUCCUCAGUCUCGGACAGUGAGUUCUACGAAGACGCGGUGAAGCCUCUGGUGACUUCCCUGAAGGAAGAGGAGGCCGCCACCAUCAUCUGCUAUGGCCAGACGGGCACCGGCAAGACGCACACGUUCAAUGCCUGCUGGAAACGCCUUGGGGCUGACCUGGCCGGGCGGAGCAUUGCAGUGACCUUCUUCGAGAUCCAUGGAAAGAAAUGUUACGAUUUGCUGCAGCAGAGGAAGGAGGUGACGCUGAGAUCGGAUGCCGAGGAACGCGUGCACGUCAGGGGCGCCUUGACGCUCUCCGCGGACGCCGCUGCGCUGCCGUCGCUGCUGGAAGAAGCGCUGCGCCUGCGGCGCUCCGAAGCCACGGAGCGGAACCCGCUGAGCUCCCGAAGUCAU